UAACUUGAUACAAAUAUCGUCUGCUGUGAGCUGUCGUAUUCUGUGUCCUUAGUACGCAAUACUUGGUGGUUAUGUCGUUUCACGGUGAAUCUUACUCGUAGCCGUAGCUACACUGAAUUGGCAAUAAUUAUGGAGAUGUUUAUACAAAAAGCUAGCUUGCGGCUUAUCGGAACUGCUGUCAGUUCGUCAUGUACUCUCAGGUGCUUGCCGGCCUGCCAGAGGCUCCGGUAUUUUUCUAGGGUCCCAAAACCAGGGGCCGUAAUAUUCGACAGUCAUAUCCAGAGAUCAUCCUCACGGAUAACUUCUUCUCGUGAAUUAGGUACACAUAACCUGCACAUCACCUGUGGUAUCCAUAGCUUGAGGCCGUACAGAUUUUAUUCUACACAGCCCACCAAAGACAGCAGCGAUGCCGUCCCAAUUUCGCCAGCAAAGCCAAAUGUAUUUCAGAAAAUGAAACAGAUGACCAAGGACUAUUGGCACGUCCUUUUACCAGUACAUAUUUUUACAUCGAUUGGUUGGAUGUUGAUAUUCUACUCUGCAGCUAAAAAUAGCGUCGAUGUCAUAUGGAUAAUGGAAAAGUUCCAUUGUCCUGAAAGAUUCAUAGAGGCACUACGGGGCUCUAGUGCUGGUUUCUGGGCAGUUGCCUACGCAUUGUACAAAAUAUUCACACCGCUUAGAUACAUGGUUACAGUUGCGGGCACAACUCUGGGUGUCAAAUAUUUGACCAGGCUAGGCUAUUUGAAACGGGGAUCUCUAGCGAGUUCUGUUCAAAAGUCACAAACGGAACCACCAAAAACGUAGUACGUUUUUGAAGCGGUCCCUGGUUGGGUGGCAAAGCGAUCAAACGCAAGAGCUCGGCUUCUAACACUGUUCACAGCCUGUAAAUCUCUUAAUCAAAUGUUUGUAAUAAAGUAUGGUGAGAAUGUUUCAA